AUUGCUAGUUAAAAAAAAUACGCGAAAAACAUAAAAAUAAAUAUUAACUGCGCCUUUAUAAAAAAAGUCAAACUUAAGGAAUUAUUCAUUAAUAUUUAAUCUUAAAAGUGUAAAAACCAAAUAAAUAGAGUUUAGUAUAACUAAGGAUAAUUGUGAAAUUUUCACUUGUUUUGUUUUCAUUGGUGGGAUAAACAACAUUACAGAAAACAUAAAAAAUAGGACAACAAAUUGUUAGAGUAUCUUUGUUGAAGUCGUCCAAAUGAUGAGCCUUUUGUUUCGACCAGACAUGGAUGCUGGUGAAGUUUUUGUUAACUUCAAUCAAAAUGUUACUUCGCUGGCCGUUGGAACAAAAGCUGGUUACAGUUUAUAUAGUUUAGGCUCGGUAGACAACACCCUAGAUAAAAUCUAUACAUGCCCCGCAGAGGAAAUAUUUUUAAUUGAACGUCUAUUUGAAAGUUCAUUGGUGGCAAUUGUGGCCCAAAGAGCUCCCAGAAAACUAAAGGUCUGUCAUUUUAAGAAACAAAGUGAAAUAUGUAAUUACUCGUAUUCAAAUUCCAUACUGGCCGUUAAACUAAAUCGUGAACGUUUAAUUGUUUGUUUGGAGGAGAGUCUUUACAUUCAUAACAUACAAGAUAUGAAGGUUGUACAUACCAUACGUGAUACUCCUUGUAAUUCUGCCGGUCUAUGUGCAUUAAGUUCAUCCUCAGAGCACUGUUAUUUAGCCUAUCCGGGCAGUGUUACUGCGGGGGAAGUGCAAAUUUUCGAUGCCAUAAAUUUACAUGCAAAAACUAUGAUACCAGCUCAUGACAGCCCUUUGGCCGCAUUGGCAUUUAGUCCAUCAGGCACUGAAAUUGGCACUGCUAGUGAACGUGGAACUGUUAUACGGGUAUUUUCCUCGUUGGAUGGCACUAAACUGUUUGAAUUGAGACGUGGUUUAAAACGUUGUGUCUCCAUUGCAUCUUUGUCGUUUAGCACUUGUGCUGAAUUUUUGGUAUCUAGCUCAAACACUGAAACUGUGCACAUAUUCCGUUUGGAUCGUACUGCAUCGGAAACCAAUGAUACCAAACAAAGUUCGGACGAUUGGAUGGGUUACUCGUUUUUUAGAUUUCUUAGCAAAACGGUAUCCAGCUAUUUGCCGACCCAGGUUACAGAUGUUUUCAGUCAAGGUCGAGCAUUUGCUUCAGUGACUCUGCCGGAAGCUGGUGUAAGGCGUAUAUGUGCCAUAACGAAAAUUCAAAAGCAAUUGAGACUUCUUAUUGCUUCACAAGAUGGUUAUUUAUACGUUUACUCAAUACCCUCACUAGAAGGAGCUGAAUGUCAAUUGAUUAAAAAACAUGACUUGCGUCUGGAUGACAGUUAUGCCAUUGAUGUUCGAGUUAAUUCUACACCAUCUUUAGGUGUGGCAACCCCAUCAGCUGGUGGUGCUACGGGAACAACAAAUCCCUCUCCAGGCUCUACUGGUGGUACUUCUUCCUCAAAAGAUGAAGCCAAGUCAUCAUCAUCUUCAAACAGUUAUGCAGCUGCUGUAAAAACAGAAGGGGGAAGUAAUGCUAGUUCUUAAAUAGAAUAUUUAUAAUAUAUUUUUUUAAUUUCUUACAACCUCUGAAAACAAUUUCAAUUUACAUCACUUUUUUUAUUUUCUUCUUGACACCAUUGAAAAUAGUUAUGAAAUAAAUAAUAACAUGUCUUUUUUAGCUUUUAUUUGUUUGGUAUUUGUUCCAUAUUUAUAUAGCCACAUGAUAAUUAUGUUUUCUUAUUUUUUUUUUGCUUUUUAUCUUAUUAUUUUUCAAUAUUAGUUUGAGAUUAAUUUUUUUAAAAUUGUUUUAAUUUUUCAAUUAUUUUCUCUUAAUUUUUUAAUAAUCUUUUUAAAACAAACAAAACAAAAUUGUGCAAGUGAUUUUGGAAAAAAAAAAUAUAUAUAUUUUUAAGACUUUUUAAUUUAUAAGUUUCUUAUUUGCAAUAAAUAUUACUUAAAAAUAAAGUAAAAUUUUAUUUUGAAUUAUAAA